AUGUCCCGGGCAGCGGCUAUCGCCAGCUCCCUGAUCCGCCAGAAGCGGCAGGCGCGGGAGCGGGAGAAGGCGAAUGCCUGCCGCGGCAGCAGCAGCCCCAGCAACGGCAAAGGCACCAGCGAGAAGCCCAGCAAGCUGAACGUGUUCUCCCGAGUCAAAUUGUUUGGAUCGAGGAAGAAACGGAAGAGAAGGCGACCACCAGAGCCACAACUAAAGGGCAUUGUGACCAGGCUCUCCAGUCGCCAGGGCUUCCAGCUGCAGAUGCAGCCUGAUGGCACCAUCGAUGGAACCAAGGAUGAAGACAGCACCCACGCCGUGUUCAACCUGAUCCCCGUGGGGCUUCGCGUGGUGGCCAUCCAGGGCGUCCAGAACAAACUCUACCUGGCCAUGAACAACGAAGGCUUCGUCUACACCUCGGAACAUUUUACCCCGGAAUGCAAGUUCAAGGAAUCGGUGUUUGAGAACUACUACGUCACCUACUCCUCCAUGCUGUACCGGCAGCAGGCCUCCGGCCGGGCCUGGUACCUGGGACUCAACAAGGAAGGGGGGAUCAUGAAGGGGAACCACGUCAAGAAGAACAAGGCCGCCGCACAUUUCAUCCCGAAACCGCUCAAAGUGGCCAUGUACAGGGAGCCCUCCCUCCACGACCUGACGGAACUCUCGCGUUCGGGCAGCGGCACGCCGACCAAGAGCCGCAGCGCCUCGGCCCUUCUGAACGGCGGAGGGAAGACGCCCAGCAACAACGACUUAUCCUAGCCUCUCCAUGCCCUGAUCCAACAACACAACCACACACACACACACACGCAGACACCCAGGCACACACUCAGAUCUCAGGCUGACACGCCCACAAAGGCUUGUGAGGGGGUAGAAGGAGGUGAGGAGAACAAUGGUGGGGAGGAGGGGGGGAUGGCCGGAAUGCGUUCUUCCACUUCACGGAGCCCACUGUGACUGACUGUGAUGUAAAUAAAUCAAGGACAAUCAAUCCGUCUGCUGGCCCGGUGUGUGAGCAGGGACUGGACCUGUGAAUCUCUUCCCUCCACCUCUCUUUCUGCUGUAGUGUAAAAAGACCCAUAAUCCACACGAAGAGGAGAAAGUCAGACAGUCAGUCACCCAUUAAGAUAAACAGACUGUUACAGAGAACCAAAGAGUCGAAGUAUUAACUAACUCGGCUGUUGCUGUGAAAACGCAAAGUGGCCAGAAAGUAACAGGGAGUCACAAAGGGAGGAAGAAAGUCUGUAUCUAUCCUACCAUACGCGAUGUUUACACAGAGCUCUUGGGGUUAAGUCAUAUUUUAGAAAAAACGGCCGAAGUGUUCCUCGUACACUUGUGAGGACUGACCAUUUGUUUGCAUGCAGGUGCGCCUGUGUGAGUGCGAGAAAGGUUGAGUAGUGGGCUUGCAGUAAGUCUGUUUGUGUGCGCGCACGCAUGUGUCACGUGUCCGGGGGGUGGGAUUUUACCUUUUUAAGAUCUGUUGUAUAUGAGGCUUCAGCAGGUUAAUAUAAGGUUUACUGUAUAUGCUUCCAUGCUGACUUCUUACAAGCAACGCUGUUGUUUAUCUUUCCGUUUGUCGUUGUCGUCUCUUGCUGUUUGUUUGUUGUUGCAUGGAAGCUUGUGGACCUCUGCUCAGUAGCAGCAUGCCGAAGGUCCUCUCUUUUUUUUAUUUUUUCCUGGUUUCCUUUUCUUUCUUUCUCCUGGUCUUUUGUGUUCCUGACCACAAGAGAACACUAGUGAGCCGAUAGUGUGAUACCAGAACACUAGUGAACCAAUGUGAGGGUGUUUGAACAUCACUGGACCAAUUGUUUAGCACCAGAACAUGAGUGGACCAACAGCGUUGGACCAGAACUUUGGUGAACCAAUAGGAGCACAGAUCAACUUCAUAUUUUGGUUCCUGGUGUGGACAAACUAGAAAUGCACUAAAUAAACCAUUUGUAAAGAAAUGAAUGGACUGUUUUUAUUGGGUUUCAGUGUCCUAGCUGAUAAAGUGUUUACAGUAUGAGGAAAAAAGAAUGAAGAAAAGGUUCUGCUCAUGUUUAAAGGACUGGUUCAACUACAUUUAGGUCAUACUAUUAGUUGUUAUUUAAGUUGUAAGUUGUAACUGUCACUCAUACAAAGCUGGACAUAAUGCUGAAUUCUUCAUGUGCCGUGUAUUUGUCUAAAUUUACAUUCAUCUUUGCUGUACCGGGGGAGAAUUUUAUUUUAUCCUGAGGUGGUUUUUAUUUUUUAAAACCUGAUCCUUUAACAGAGGAGUGCAGUAGAACUCAUUUUUGCUUACUCAGACCACGGUUUGUGAGCA